AUGGAAAUUAAUUACUUUUUCAUGAAUCAACCAAUGACCGAUUACCUUGUUAGCUUUCGACGUCCAAAUUAUUCAACUAUAUUUUCAAUAGGUGUUUCAGUUACCCGAGCAUUCGCUUACCAUCGAAGAUACACAAAACAUGACGCUUAUAGAUUAUUAACUAAAAAAUUAAGUGGAGUAAAUUCUUCAACAAGAAAUAUUGUAAAUGCACGAAUAUGGAAACAAAUAUUACAUAUUUGGUGUCCAAGUGGAAAAGUAGCUAAUAUAGUACGAAAAGUUUAUUCAAAAUUAUCCAAAGAUUAUACAUCCAAUACUAUCGUCAUGUUGACUGUAGUGAAUUGUGAUUGGGAAUUACAAAGUUGUGGGGAAAGUAAACGCCAACUUUAA